AUGAAAUUUCUCUUGAUAUUUAUUUAUUGUGCUUCAAAUUACUUUGGAAAUACGUUAGGUCUUGUAAAAGAUAAGGAAGUAAAGCUAAUUUCAGAUUUACAAGAACACACUAAUCGCUCAUCGCUUAUAUUCAUAACAUGUUGGUCGGAGGAUGCUAAAGUAAAAGUGUAUAAGAAUUUCGGCAAGGAGAAAAACAAACCAAUUACGAUCCAAUUUGCAAAUUAUGGCGAUGUUAUAGGCAUUAAUGACGAAAAAGAAAACAUAUUAUUAAUAGCCGAUCUACACUGUGAAAACAUAUCGACAUCUUUAAAAAUGUACGAGGAAAGGAAAUUGUUCCGAUCGCCAUUACAAUGGAUUUUAAUUACAAAUGAAGAAAAAAAUAACAGUGGCAGUAUUUUCGAUUUUUACAAUAACAUCGAUAUUUUAUUAGACGUUGAAGUUAUGGUUGUGCAGAAAUUACAGGAAAAAUAUGUUAUCGAAUACGUAUACAAGAUAAGUAAUCAAUCACGUUGGCGCAGUGAAUUUUUCGGAGAAUGGAGCACAAGUCACAGUUUACAAAAACGUAAAGAUUGGAUCGAAGUCGCUGCCAUUCGUAGGAGAAUGCUUGAUGGACAUGUUAUCAGUGUUUGUUAUGUUCUAACAGAUGCUGAUAGUAUAAAUCAUUUAACGGAUGGAGUGAACGACCAUAUAGACACGAUAACAAAGGUUAAUUUUCCCACCACAAAUCAUUUGCUAGAUUUUCUUAAUGCGAGUAGGAAAUACGUUUUCACUGACACGUGGGGAUAUAGAAUCAAUAAUACGUGGAAUGGAAUGACUGGAUAUUUGAACAGGGCAGAAGUUGAAAUUGGAGGCUCUCCGAUGUUCUUUACGUCACAACGAAUUUCCGUUGUGGAAUAUAUUUCGAGUCCAACGCCAACACGAUCCAAGUUCGUGUUCCGGCAACCGAAGCUUUCAUACGAGAAUAACUUAUUUGUUCUUUCUUUUCAAAAAUAUCUCUGGUAUGGCUCCGGAGCUCUCAUUGUUCUUCUGUUUUUAUUUUUGUUUAUUGCCACUAUUUGGGAGUGGAAAAUGUUCGGCAAGCAUGCAUCGAGAGCUGGAAACUCGUCCGUGCUUCAGCCUAACGUUUUUGAUGUUACAUUUUUAGUAUUCGCGGCCACUUGUCAACAAGGGACUCAUGUAGAACUCAAAGGUUCUUUGGGACGUAUUGUGUUGCUCCAGCUUUUCGUCGCGGUAACAUUUCUCUACACGUCAUACUCUGCUAAUAUAGUUGCUCUAUUGCAAUCCAGCUCCUCCCAGAUUCGAACACUUGAUGAUCUGCUACAUUCUAGACUUGCAUUUGGAGUUCACGAUACUGUUUUUAACAGAUAUUACUUUUCAGUUGAAACAGAGCCAGUCAGAAAAGCCAUAUAUCAAACGAAAAUUGCACCAGUUGGGAUCAAACCAAGAUUCAUGAAUAUGGAGGAGGGGAUUAAAAAAAUGCGAAAUGGACUAUUUGCUUUUCACAUGGAGACUGGUGUAGGCUAUAAAUUUGUUGGCAAAUACUUUCAAGAAGGAGAAAAAUGUGGGCUGAAGGAAAUCCAAUAUUUGCAAGUGAUAGAUCCUUGGCUUGCAGUAAGAAAGGACACGCAAUUUAUGGAGAUCUUAAAAAUUGGAACUAAACGACUCCAAGAACAUGGUCUGCAACAAAGAGAGAAUCGUAUGUUAUACGAAAAACGACCGAAAUGUUUGGGAAGACAGGAGAAUUUUGUUUCAGUUAGCAUGGUUGACUGUUAUCCUGCAAUUCUGAUUCUAUCUUAUGGUUGCCUGUUAUCUGGGAUAUUGCUUACCCUAGAAAUUCUUAAUAAUAGCAAAAAUAUGCUGAAGAAUUCAUGCGCAAACAACAUAAACCUGUUUCGCUAUCCAACACGUUGGCUUAUAGUCGGUAAAACUGAAGAAUUAAAAAAUUAUAACAUAAACAUCGAUUCUGAGAUUAUCGUCGCUGAAGAAGAAAGAUUUGGGUUCAAUUUAUACAUGCCUUACAAAAUAUCCAAAAGCAGGAAUAUUAUCGUAAAUGAACACUUUGGCUCUUGGUCUACAGAAAAUGGGUUAAACAAAGCUCAGACUAUGAUAUUUUCGACUUCAAUGAGGCGGAAGAAUUUAAUGGGAAUUCCUAUAACUAUUUCCAGUGUUAUUAGCGAAGAGAAUACGAAAAACGAAAUAAUGAGCUUAAGGAACAUUUUUGUAGACACAGUAGCUAAAACCAGUUAUCGGCAAAUUAUUCCUCUCUUCGAUUUCAUGAAUGCUACGAUGGUAAUAAUUUAUACAGAUACUUGGGGGUAUAUAAUUAACGGAUCGUACAAUGGUAUGGUCGGUGAUAUGGUUCGUGGGAACGCAGAUUUAGCUGGUACAAUUAUAUUCAUAACAAAAUCACGCCUUGAUGUGUUAGAAUAUUUGGUUUAUCCAUCGCCUCCUACAACCAAAUUUGUCUUUCGCCAACCAUCACUGUCAUACCAAAAUAAUCUAUUCAUAUUGCCGUUUAAACCAGUUGUAUGGAUGUGUAUUUUUGGAUUAAUACUGUUGCUCACAAUUAUCCUGUUCAUCAAUGCUUAUUGGGAAAGAAUGAAGCUAGAUAAUUUUUUUAUUUUUCAGCGUGACCAAACAGUACUAAGACCCAGCUUGAGCGAUAUUGUUAUAAUGGUUAUAAGUGCUAUUUCUCAACAAGGAAGCUCUAAUGAGUUAAAAGGUACUCUAGGACGUGUUGUAAUGUUCAUAUUAUUCUUCGCUUUCGUCUUCUUAUAUACUUCAUAUUCGGCUAACAUAGUAGCUCUACUACAAUCCAACUCGAAUCAAAUUAGGACCCUUAGUGAUCUCCUGAACUCCAGGCUUGAACUAGGCGCUGAAGAUACUCAAUAUAACAGAUAUCAUUUUUCGACGGCCACUGAACCCAUUAAGAAAUCUAUUUAUCAAACCAAAAUAGCCCCUCAAGGAUCAAAAGCAAAUUUCAUGAGCUUAGAGGAAGGAGUUAAGAAUAUACAAACGAAACCAUUUGCGUUUAACAUGAACCUAGGUACUGGAUACAAAAUAGUUGAGAGAUACUUUCACGAACACGAGAAAUGUGGUCUUCAAGAGAUUCAAUACAUUCAAGAAAGCAAAGCCUGGCAAACUUGUCGUAAGAACUCGCCUUACAAGGAAAUUUAUAAGAUUGGCCUCAUGAGAAACCAAGAACACGGACUGAAUGACCGAGAAAAUCGGUUGGUGUACGCUAAGAAGCCCAUGUGCGCAUUCCGCGGUAGCAGUUUCGAUUCAGUCAAUAUGAUUGAUUUCUAUCCAGCAUUACUUUUGUUGGCUUAUGGGACUAUUUUAUCUGUAUUAUCUCUUUUCUUUGAAGUUGUGUAUUGGUUGAGAGCCCGUAGAAACCACUUGGGAUCUUGAAGAUUUUAACAGUUGUCAAAACACAACUGAGUCACACCGUAUUAUGUAUUAAAAUUUUUGUCAUUAACAAUUUGUGGAAAUAUAUUGUGUAGUAU